UCCAACACCGGCGCGCAGCGUCGGAGCUUCGGGUGGUUUGUUGGGUGGCUACUUGCCCAGCCGAUUGGGUGAUUUGAUCGUUAAAUCUUCAAAAAGGGUACUUACAAUUUUUACAUCAUAGGGUGCACGACUUCUCAGGGCUCGACUCCAAUCACUAAAAUGUAUCAUUUGAAGAAGUCUUCGAUGGUAAAAAAAGGUUAAUUCAACAUACUACACCAACGAUUUUUCCAUCUCGCAGCGUCGAUUCAAAAUGGCGAUGAGCAGGUACGCAUGCGCGGCAGUGGCGCAAAAUAUAUGAAUAUUCAUGAAUAUUCAUGCUAUCGAGCGCCGAUCGCUCGAAAUCGCUGAAUAUGCAUGAGGUUGAGAAGAGCCGAGGGACCUGGGAAAACCGGGGAUUCUCUUUCGUUUUGAGCUCAUGCAGCUCGCAGAUGGGACUUGGCAUGGAGAGCGCACAGCAUGGCGAGCAACUACAGCAGUCAGCUUGCCGGUCUGUCUGUAACAGAGCGGCAAUGCGCAGUUUGUUCAGUGUACUUUGUUAAAAAUAGAAAAGGUUUUAGAAGAAAACAGCUUAUUAGAAUAACGAGUCCUAGAACUAUAAGUAAAGUUUUUCACAGAGAAGGCAUCCUGUACAGCUACAUUUGCGAGGAAUGCAGGUAUAAGUUAGUAAAACACACUGUGAGAAACAAAAGUGCCCCCUUAAAGACGAACAGGACUAAACGGACGUAUCGUUCGCCUGCAACAUCACCGGCUGCCAAGCGAGUGGCUGCCUUUUCUACCCCAGAGACAAGCAGAAAGCUGGUCAGAGAACCUCAGGAUGAAGAUGAGCACCAUGUUGAAGAGGAUGAACCUGAAACGUCAGGAGACCCUAUAACUCCAUCACUCCCUGGAGUUAGCCCCCAGGAAAAGAUAAAGAAAUACAUUGACAAAAAACAAUACUUAACAGCAUUCCGUGCUCUUCACAAAUCAUCAGAAGAUGCCAAAUCAGCCAUGGUGGAGGCUACUUGUGAAAUUCUAAAGAGCGAGUUGAGCAAGGCCAAGAGAAUACCUUCAUUUUCACAGGAGGUAUCUGCAGAGGCAAUUGAGUCAUUCUCAUGGGCCCAAGCAUGUAAAGAUGCAAAAGAGGCUGUUCCCGCAACUGUCCGCUGUAUAGAGGCUAUGACACUUUCGUUGAAGGCGACAAUUAAUCAUUGCUACAAAGGGAAAGGAAGUAAAACAAGGAAUUUAGACCAUGAUGAAGCAGCCUCUCUCAGAUGCCAAAGAGUGGGACGAUUGCUUUCCACCAUUCUCUACCAAAGGUCAAGAAAGAAAUACUCAUUUGUGCAAGGUUGUGUUGGAAUAGAGUUAUGGAGACAGAGAGUCAGUCAUAAGGUCUUUCUCACACUAAACCACAUGGGUAUCACCCAAGGCGUCCAAGCAUCCAGAAACAAAGUGGACGUAAUCAGUAAAUCCCAUGACAAGCAACUGUGGGAGUGGAAACACACAACGGAGGAAAGGAGGAGCGAACCACGAAGGAAGCUGAGCUUCAAAGUCCGUCCAAUUAGGUCUGUUUAUAGUUUUUGUUGUGAUAACAUACAAGUAAGUAAGCACGGGAAGCACCAGAGGAGUGGGCACGCAAACACAUUCAUGCUUCAAACUAUGAGUUUCGCUGUCAAGGACAGGGUUACAACAGGCGAUACAAAGAACCAAGUACCUGCAUCAAAGCUUGACCCGUACACCUUCCUCCCAUCCCCGGAAGUCCUGGAAAGGCAGCGAGAGAGGGCCACAUUCAUUGUUCGCAAGAUACUUCUGGAAUACAUUCCUCAACUUCAGCAUCUCAAAGACAAAGUGCCCCAAAGGAUCCUCCACAAGCACACCAAAGAUAUGCAGGCAAAAUCUGAAUGUGUGACACUAGGUGUUGUAGAUGCAGAUCCCGGCACAACUCAAGGGAUGAUCCGAGUGAUGGAGAAUCUGCAGCAGUAUGUCCCUGUGGUGGAAGGAAAACCUGUGCCAUGUCUUCUCAAUGGUGAUGGCUUGACAAUAGAGAGGAUCUUGAAUGCUCAAAGAGCAAGGAGCAAUGGAGAGGAGUGGGACGAUCGUUUGGAAGGAUUACAUGCAUGUCCUCAAGAAUUCCAUAAAGAAAUGCUUCACUUGCAGGACUCCAACAAAAAGUUUUUCAAUGGUGCGAGCCUGGUAGACAGAGGAACCAUAGCCCAGCUAAAGAACAAUUUCAACCAUCGUUCCUUCCAGAGUGAUGUCAUGAAAUCUUUCCAACAUGUAUGGGAGCUGUACCAGUUCUCAACAGAAGGUCAUGUUCUGCUUUGCGCUAUGAAAUUAUGUGGUAUGAAGAAGCUGGAUGACAUCCCAGAAGGUCUUCCAACUGACGACAGAAAGCUUAAUGAACAAAUAAGUUGGAUUGACCAACUGUCACAGCAAGUCGUGGACUUCUGUUGGACUAGUCCUGACCAAGCAGAUGUCCAUGUUGCUGCAGAAGCAUUCUCUGAGGCUGCCAAUGACCUAUCAGAGACAGCCCUUCAGUACUGUGUUUGCCAUUCAGAAAGCAAUGAUAACAUGGUAAUGUGCUGCAGCAGAACAUGCAAGCAUUCAUGGUUCCAUCUUGACUGUGUUGGACUUACACAAGCUCCUGAUCCUGACACGGACUGGUUCUGCAGCCCAGAAUGUGAACAAAGUGAUUACUACAUCUACUGCAUCUGCCACAGGAAGCAUGGCCCAUGUGGGGAGAAUGAAAUGAUCCAAUGUCAUCUAGCAGACAAAUGCAAGAGAUAUGAGUGGUACCACAGAAGCUGCCUGGGAAUCAAACAAGAUGAAACUCUUCAAGAACCAUGGUAUUGUGGAGACACUUGUGCACUAGGGGCAGAGAAUGAUGAUCCUGUACUCAACCAUACCAAGGCUCUCAUGUACGAUGGUCUUUGCCAUCUUGUAAGACGUGAAGCUGUUCGCGAGGGAAAUGGACCUGCCAUGAUCGAUGAUUGGAAAGCAGACAUGCUUCAUUUCCAUGAGAAAAACCAUCCAAAGUACUUCAUCAAUGGCCACUACUUACUUGCAUGUGUAGGAGGUUUUGCAGACCCUCAGCUUCAGAUCAGCUACAUGUGGAAUCGAGUAGCAAACGCAACAGGGGAGCCUGGUGGGAAUAUCGGCCUUGAUCAGACAAAUGAGCAUGUGAACAUGGAUUACAAAGAAAUGUUGCUGACUUCCAGAGGUAGAUUUACUGAAGAGCAGGUGAAAAGGUGUGCAGAGAUGAGUGGCCCAUUUGGGAGUUCGUUGGAUGCCAUGCUCACUAAUGCGAACGUUGUUGAUAUGGGAGCGAAGUAUCAGAAGCAAAGACGGAAUGUAUAUGAAGAUGAUAUUGUCCGUUUUGUUGAAGAAUAUGAGCAGGAUGCACUCUUCGACUACCUCCCAGGCAGGGAACAUUCAGCCUUUCAAGGAUUUGUACAUGACGGCAAAGUACAUGACCCUAAAAAACUUGGAAAGAAACUGAAGCAACUCUCUAACAAUUUGGACAUGUGGAAGAACAUGUCUUGUAAUGACAAUUCCAAUUAAAAUUUGGGUUUACACAAAUGCAUCAGCAAGGUUUAAAUGGACAGAGGUAUAUUACCAUUAAGAUAUUUGACAUAAAUGGUUUCAACAAAAUAUUAUGUAUCGGAGCCCUGCAAAAAAUGAAAGUUUGAGGAAGGCCAAGAUGUAAAGUGAAGUAAUAAUUACUAGAAGAGGCAAAUAAACUAAACUAUUUGCUAAAGAAUGCUUUCAAAUAUCUUCAACAUAUAAUAGGUCAGUAAAAAGUCAGCUUAACGUUACACAUAUUGCACAUUUUGAAGUACAUGAACAUUUUUAUGUUUUCGGUUUGUCCGUCUGUACGUCCCGUUCUUGUAAUCGCGUUAUCUCAAGAACCAAUUG